AUGAAAAUCACACAUACAACCUAUAACGAGGUACGCGGUGGAGCAACUAGUCCAGCUCCCCCCUUAUCUCGCAGUCCCCAGUUCAUAACCACACCUACCGCCUUCCGCUUCGAUACCAGUACACCUCCACGCUUCGAAAGUCCUAAUCAUUCACCUUCUCCGCCUCCCAGUAACCCCUUGGUACAUACCACCCGUCGACUAAAACGGUAUUUGAAAAGCUCCUUUCGAAACCGGACACGACCUGUAAGUCGGCGACUUUCGCGGUCGAGACAGGGGACUACUAUACGAUAUCCCCCUGGGGAGAUGCAUCCACCGACCGUUCCGACGCAGGUUGGCAAAUACCACAGCGGGAGUGUGCGCGGGAGUUUUUCAUCCAAGGGAGGGGAGAGGAUGGUGGAGGAAAGAGGAAGUCAGAGUUAUGAGAGGGGGUUGGAAACGCGAUAUAAGCAUGCGAAGGGGAAGAAGCGAGCGAGUUAUUUGAAACCGAGAGAGGAGGCGAGAGUUAGUUUGGGGGAGUGGGGAGGAAAGAAGGGGAUGGCAGGGUUGGAUUUCGAGAGUUAUAUGAAACAGCAACGGGGAUUGGAGAGGGAUUUUGGAAAGGGGUAUAAUGAGGGGAAUAGUCCUCCUAGUUCGUCGAGUUUGAAUAUUCUGACGGGGAAAAAUGAGAGGGGGGGGAGAAAUGGGAGUCCGCCGAAAUUUGUACCGAGAGAAGAUGCAAGGGGGAGGAAUGUGACUGGGGAGAAACUGGGAGUAGCGUAUGGAGGAAAGACGCAGUUGGAUUUCGAGAGUUAUAUGAAACAGCAACGGGGAUUGGAAAAAGAUUUUGCGAAGGGUGUGGGGUAUGCUGGGUAUAGUCCUAGCCCUCCGCAAAGUCGUACCGGAUCGCCGCAUGCGGCAUUUCCGCGCGGAAAUGCAAAUCAUUCGCCCAUUCCGAUACCGCCGCCUGCGGGAUAUACGUAUGAAAAUAGGACGGGAAAUACGAGUCAGAGGGAUAGUGUGAGGUUUUUGGAUGUGCAGUGGAGUAGUGGGGGGAGUGGGGGGAGUGCGACGGGGACGACUGGAACGACGGAUAGUGGGAAUGUAGCGGAGAGUUCGAGGGGGAGAGGAGCAGGAGUGACGAUGGGGAAACAUAAGGCUGCGCCGGGACAGAGAUUAAAAAGGAAGGGGAAGUUGGAAGAGAGAGAUCAUAGUCCUGCGACUACGCCGGCUAGUUCUCGUUCGCAGACAAUCAGUAAAGAAGAUGAGAUGGCUGGUGAUGAGAAAAGACGCCAGGAAAUGCAUCAGGAUAGUACGGAAGAAGUAACGAGCAUGGAACAGUUAGAAGCGAUGAGAGCGGCAAUGUGGAAUGGAAAAUUGGAAAGAGUAGUCCCACCCAGUUCUGAAAUACCCAAACACGCGGAUUUGCUACAUCAUUCGAAUCCAAGCUCGACUUCGAGUCGAGGUAGUAAAAAUAGUAAGAAUAGUAGAGGUACUGGAAAGGGUAAAAAUGUAGAGCGGAGAGCAAGUCCGAUUCAGAAGUUAAAAGGGUAUAUGGGACAGAGUCGCGAUGUUGUGCAUGAUUCUCAUGAGAAAAAGACAUCUGCGAAGGGAAAGUUACCUAUUCCAUUUGAAUAUUUGUUGUAUCCGAGUUACGAGGGAAAGAAAAGUCAAAGAGAAAGUACAGAAUUGAGGAAAAACUCAAAGUCAAAGGGAAAGGGCAAGUCUAAAGAAGAGGAAGAUAGCGAUGAUGACUUCUGGGGAUGUGUCGGCGAAACACAUAACGAGAGUGGGAUACUGCUUUCUCAAUCCCCUGCCGUCCCAUCAGAAAAGUCUCAUCAAAACUCCAUUCCAUCCGUGGCCGAACUCCCCAAGAAUCGCAAACCGAGCGAAGAUUCCUGGAACACGCAUCUACACGAUCUCUGUAAGCUUUGUCGGAAACACGAACGAACUAGUUCUCGCGGUCUCUGCCAUUCCUGCGAAGCAAAUUUUCUCAAUACAAAAGCGUGGGAAGAGACGACUCUGCAGUUUGAUAACGAUGAUAUUCCUCCUACGCCACCUCUGAAGGAUCGGAGAAAGAUUGCUAGAGUGCGCGAUAUGCUGGCUACGACGCCUCCGAACUAUGAUGUUGAGUAUCGACCGCCUGUUCCUCCGAAGGAUGUUCCCGGGGAAGAGAGAAAGAAGAUUCAUGUAUCGAAAGUUGAGCAUAGUCGACCGCAGAUUGUGAAUCCGUCGCCGGUUAGACAGGAGAGUCAGAUGUUGGUGUAUGGGGGAAUGGGAGAUAGUCCGAGGGAUAUCGAGGUGGGGUUUCCGGAGUGGCAGACGCAUAGUUUGCGAAUUGAAGGGGAAAAGACGGAGGAGAUGUUUAAGAGGUGGUCGCAGAAUUAUAGAGGGGAUGGGUCGGAGGAGAGGAGAGAUGAGGAUGAGCGGGGAAAGGAGGAGGGAAAUAUGGAAGAACCGAGGGAUAGCGUUUUUUAUGAUUUUUGGGGGGAUAUUUUGAAGGAUGAUAGAAGACCUGAAACACCGGUAUUGGAGGAGAAGAAAGCGAACCCUUGA